GCUUUCUAUCCACUAUAUACAUGUGAUUUUUACUAAACAAACUGAUGCCAGUGACAAAGUUCCAUUUAAAAAACUGUUUUGGACAACACGUGCUACCAAUUACACCAUAAGAGCAAUAAACUGUUCCAGAUUGUGCAGUUCAGCAGGAACGCUGACUUCUCCCACUUUCACGUACGACUUUGAAUGUAGCACCACAGUAUUCACUCGGCAGUCAGCAUGGCGUCCGCUCCGCCAAGGCAACCUGCUGGCGCCAGCGCACAGGAGCAAAUAAAAAGAGACCUUCUUCAGAGACUUCUAACUAAAAUUUCCCAGGCCACACAGAGACUCCCGCUGGAUGUGGACUAUUUGAAGUUUGUGGUCAACCAGGAGAUGGUCCUUUUUAGGGCAUUGUCAGGCCAGGUUGAGAUGCCACAAGAUGUUGCAAACGCAUUGGCAGAGCUGUCCAUACUUGUCAAUGCAGAUGACAGCUCUAAUAUGAGCCGGUGCCAGGUGCCAGUGAUGCAAGCAGAAAUGGGACGGCCAAAAUAUGUUGUGUCUCCUCAGCAACUACAAAGCCUGGUAGAAAUGUCUCUACCAGUGUCAUGUAUUGCGAAACAUCUGGGUGUAUCUGUGAGGACAGUGAAACGGCGCAUGCAUGAAUAUGGACUUUCCAUAAUGCAGUGCUACAGUAACCUAACCGAUGAACAACUAGAUAAUUUGCUGAGGUCGGUGAAGGCUAGGACACCACAUGUAGGAUGCAGAAUGAUGAAAGGAAUCCUGCAGGCCAUGGGUCACCGUGUCCAGUGGAACAGAGUGUAUUCCUCCAUGCAACGUGUAGACACUGUUGGUGUACUCUCAAGAAUGACAAGGAUGGGGUGUGUUGCAAGAAGGACAUAUUCUGUCCAGGGUCCUCUGCACUUGGUGCAUAUCGACACAAACCAUAAGCUCAUCAGAUAUGGCCUUGUUAUUUUUGGAGGGAUUGAUGGCUUCUCACGAAAGAUCAUGUACCUUGGUGCUGCAACCAAUAAUAAAGCAUCUACUGCACUUGAUUUCUUCUUGGAGGCAGUGCAAAAGUAUGGCUUCCCAUUAAGGGUGAGAGGUGACCAAGGAGUGGAAAACGUUGGCAUAGCGCGAUGCAUGUUCACCAUUAGGGGUUGUGGAAGGGGGAGUUUCCUAUCAGGAAAGAGUGUACACAACCAAAGAAUAGAACGUUUGUGGCGAGAUGUUUGGAUGACUGUUUCAAAUGUGUACUACGAGAUACUUCACAGCCUUGAGGAUGAAGGUGUUCUAGACCCUUCUGAUAGCAUCCACCUCUUCUGUGCCCAGCAUGUGUUUCUUACACGUCUGCAGAGGGAUCUUGAUGUAUUCAGGGUGGGGUGGGAUAAUCACCCUCUAAGAACAGAGCAGAAUCUCUCCCCACAACAACUGUGGAUGAUGGGGCUUCUCCGGUAUCCUGUUGAUGCUCCAGACCUGGCAGAGGACAUUGAGGAUGCAGAUCUUCAUUUCAACACUGCCAGUGAGCAAGACGUGACCAGUCCUGGAGUGAUUCUCCCACCCAUUGAAUGUCCUCUCUCUGAGCAGGACAUGCCAGGCCUUAGGGCCACUAUUGAUGUUACAGGACCAUCAGAUUCCUAUGGGCGAGACAUUUAUUUGGCUGUAUUUAACUACGUGCUAAAUCACCGUAGAUGAAAACAUUUUGUAUUUCAUGACCAGUUCACCAGUGGACAUUUAAUUUGUUUUUAAUGUUUGUUACUGACAACCACGAAGCAACAUAGUACAAACAUUAUUGAACUGCUGUGAGUGCUGGGUAGCAACUUAUUUGUGAGACAACAUGAUGCCAAUUAACCAGACCUCUAGAUGAGAUGUAAAGAAAUUUCUUUUAUGAAAUCGUGUUGCAAGAUUUCCAGUUGUAUUUGUAUGAAAAGCUCCACAGUACUGUCUUUAAACAAAUAUUUAAUGUUUACUCUUGAAUGAUUAGUCCUGAAACACAGUAGUAUUAAAACAUUUUGUUCAUUAACCAGAACAAAAGUAAAAAAGGAGCAGCAACUAGUGCUAAAUAUUUACACCAUGUUAAACUGUUGGCCCAGAUGAAAAGCCUUAAUUAGAACCUUUUUGAACUUGCAAAAUUUGUAUGAAAUGCUCUACAGUACUGUCAUUAAACAAAUAUGUAAUGUU